AUGGCAGAUUGGGAUGUUGUCGAGGGAGUUGCCAAAAAGAGCAGAGCCGCUACAGAGGGAAGAUGUGAAAGCGAGAAUCCCAAGUGUGUGCCGAGUUUUGGAAUACAUCCUUGGUAUUGUCAUCUCUACUCUACGGAGGAAGAGGAAAGAGGGGAAGACAAGGAAGCACACUACCAAGCAGUACUGUCGUCGAAGGAUUCGCCUGAUUUUGAGCCUACUGUUGAAGGCCUGCCAUCACCAAUACCGGCUACGACGUGGCUGCCCGCUCUACGCGAGCGGAUAUCCGCACAACUCGCCUCCAACCAUCCCGUUCUGCUCGGCGAAGUAGGACUCGAUGCAUCGGCCAAAUUGCUCCCUGCUGGUGUUGAACAUUGGUCGGGCACUGCGCGCACAAGUUUGAAGACGAACAUGGCACAUCAGGUAGAGAUGCUGUCCAAGCAACUGGAUUUGGCCGAGGAAUUGGGGGUGGGCGUGAGUUUGCAUUGCGUGAACGCGUGGGGUCCGUUACAGGCCUUGUUACAAGAAAAGGUGAAGAAGUGGAAAGCUGGUCGAGGCAAAGGCGAAGAGAAGAAACCAGUUAGGGUAUGCGUACACUCGUUUCUUGGAUCCGUCGAGUCGCUCAAGGUUCUUCUGCGGCUCCCGGCGAAUGUGAUUGAAAUUUACAUUUCGUUCUCAGAGACGCUGUCGGCGAGAAGUCCGAGGAUUGAUGACUUGAUUCAGGCAACACCGAAGGACAGAUUGUUGGUUGAGACGGAUAUGGACAGUGCGAGGGGGAUGGAUGCGUGGUUGAACAAGAUUCUGGAGCGUGUUGGAAGGGUAUGGGAUAUGGAAGUGAAGGAAGUGGUGCUGGGCACCGAGGCGAACUGGAAGAGCUUUGCGAAUUGGAGAAUGCGCGAGAGAAGAUGUAGAAGGACGUUUUGA